GGAAAAUGGAAUAAACAACCCCGCCGCCGCCGCCGGAACCCUCGAGCAGCCUGGCCGAGGCUCCUCUCCUCACGCCUCACCCUCCUUGGUGGGCUCGCUCGGCCCCGUCCGCAGAAGCGCCCGCUUCUGUCCCCUCCUCCCGUCGGCGGCCCUCGGGCUGUGACAGCGGCGGCAGCGGCUGCUCCCGCCUCCCCGCCUGGCCUCCCCAUGGUGCCGCGGCCGGCAGCAGCGGUGCCUCCCGAGGCGGCCUCGCUCCCGCUGCUGCUGCUGUAGCUGCCGCCAUGAACAGCGGCGGGCUCCCCUGCUCCUCUCCGGUGGUGGCGGUGGCGGCGGCGGCGGGGCCAGCCGUGGGGCCCGGGGCGGGGGUUCCGGCGGCGGCGAAGCUCAAGUUUUGCCGCUACUACGCCAAGGACAAGACGUGCUUCUACGGCGAGGAGUGCCAGUUCCUUCACGAGGAGCCCGCCGCCUCCGCCGCCUGCCCGGGCCCUCCGCCCCCGGCCGCCCUCGGAGGGCUUCCGCUCGGCCUGCCGCCGGGCCCUGCCGCGCCGCCCGUCGCCGCCUCGCCAGGGCAUGGAGGUGGAGGCGGCUACCCGGGACACGGGGCGGCGGCGCCGGUGUCUAAGAAACCUCCCGACCUGGUGGCGGGCGGCGGCGGCGCACACGGAGGAGCAGGCGGCGGAGCGGGGCUGGACGGACCCCGGCUGGCCAUUCCAGGGAUAGAUGGAAGUGCCCUAGCUGAAGCUAGUCUUACAGACUCCUACUUCAGUACCAGUUUCAUUGGUGUUAAUGGAUUUGGAAGUCCCGCGGAAACAAAAUAUCCUAUGAUGCAGAGGAUGACAAAUAGCAGCAGUUCUCCUAGCCUUCUCAAUGACAGUGCCAAGUCAUAUGCGGGCCAUGAUCCUCUAGCUUCACCUGCCUCAUCUUUGUUUAAUGACUUUGCUGCUCUCAGUUUAUCUCAAAGGAGAAAGCCCAGGAAGUAUCGUCUGGGGAUGCUGGAGGAGAGGAUAGUUCCUGUGGGAUCAAAGGCACGAAAAUCAAAGAAUCCUAUUGGCUGCCUGACUGACAGGUGUAAAACAGGAGUACCCAUCAAUAUGGUUUGGUGGAACAGAGUCACAGAAAACAAUUUACAGACACCAAACCCUGCUGCAAGUGAGUUUAUUCCUAAAGGAGGAUCAACCUCCCGACUUAGUAACAUGUCACAGUCAAAUAUGUCUGCCUUCUCUCAAGCCUUGUUCUCUCAUCCUUCCAUGGGAGGUCCUGCAAAUGCUGGACUAGCUCCAGGAAUGUCACUGUCAGCAGGAUCUUCUCCUCUUCAUUCCCCCAAAAUUACUCCUCACACGUCACCUGCUCCUAGGCGAAGAAGUCACACACCAAACCCAGCAAAUUAUAUGGUGCCUACUAGUGCCUCUACUCCUGUAACUAACGCCGUCUCCCAGCCCCCAGCUGCUGGUCAGGUGAUUCAGAAGGAAACUGUGGGAGGCACAACCUAUUUCUAUACUGAUACAACUCCAGCACCUCUAACUGGAAUGGUAUUCCCAAACUAUCACAUUUAUCCUCCCACAGCACCUCACGUUGCUUACAUGCAGCCAAAAGCAAAUGCACCUUCCUUCUUUAUGGCGGAUGAACUCAGACAGGAGCUGAUCAACAGACACUUAAUUACGAUGGCUCAGAUAGACCAAGCAGACAUGCCUUCUGUCCCAACAGAAGUUGACAGCUACCACAGCCUUUUCCCUUUAGAACCACUGCCACCACCCAAUCGGAUACAGAAAACAAGCAACUUUGGGUACAUAACAUCAUGCUACAAAGCUGUAAAUAGCAAAGAUGAUCUGCCAUAUUGCCUUCGGAGGAUACAUGGUUUCCGUCUUGUUAACACAAAGUGCAUGGUGUUGGUUGACAUGUGGAAAAAAAUCCAGCACUCAAAUAUCGUAACGUUACGAGAAGUAUUCACCACAAAAGCAUUUGGAGAACAUUCUCUUGUGUUUGCAUAUGAUUUCCACGCGGGAGGAGAGACUAUGAUGAGCAGACACUUCAACGAUCCUAGUGCUGAUGCCUAUUUCACAAAAAGAAAGUGGGGUCAACACGAUGGACCUCUACCCCGGCAACAUGCUGGGUUGUUACCUGAAUCUUUGAUUUGGGCCUACAUCGUGCAGCUCAGCUCUGCGUUACGGACCAUUCAUACAGCAGGAUUGGCCUGUCGAGUAAUGGACCCCACAAAGAUUCUGGUAACGGGUAAAACAAGGUUGCGAGUAAACUGUGUUGGAGUCUUCGAUGUAUUAACAUUUGAUAACAGCCAAAACAAUCCCUUGGCGCUAAUGGCCCAAUACCAGCAAGCUGACUUAAUUUCCCUAGGGAAAGUUGUGUUGGCUUUGGCUUGUAAUUCUUUGGCAGGAAUUCAGAGAGAGAAUUUACAGAAAGCUAUGGAACUGGUGACAAUCAACUAUUCCUCUGAUUUGAAGAAUCUUAUUUUGUAUUUGCUGACUGACCAAAACAGGCUUCGAAGUGUAAAUGAUAUCAUGCCUAUGAUUGGUGCACGAUUCUAUACACAGUUGGAUGCUGCCCAAAUGAGAAAUGAUGUAAUAGAAGAAGACCUUGCAAAGGAAGUUCAGAAUGGAAGAUUAUUUCGGCUACUUGCAAAAUUGGGAACAAUCAAUGAGAGGCCAGAAUUUCAGAAGGACCCAGCAUGGUCAGAAACUGGAGACCGAUAUCUCCUGAAGCUCUUUAGGGAUCAUCUUUUCCAUCAGGUGACAGAAGCGGGUACUCCUUGGAUAGACCUCAGCCACAUUAUCUCUUGUCUUAACAAGCUAGAUGCUGGUGUGCCAGAAAAAAUAAGCCUCAUUUCCAGAGAUGAGAAGAGUGUACUUGUGGUAACGUAUAGUGACCUAAAGCGCUGCUUUGAAAACACUUUUCAAGAACUGAUUGCAGCCGCAAAUGGGCAGUUGUAGUACUUGCUGAAAGCAUGCAGGACAUUGCUGAGGAACGUAACCAAUAGCAAAUUGCACUACAGCUGAAUUGUCGUCAUCUCAUUUCACAUUUUGGGAAACAAACAGCAGGAGAUGUUGCACUUCAGUCAGGUACACUGUUACUUGAAGGGAAGAAUGUUUUUUGCUUACCCUUGAACUCUGGCUGCCAUUGGAGGCUUUAUCUGUGAAGAAUUUAUUUUAAAAUAUGGAACGCAUCAGGGCAUGAUGUUCCUGCUUUUAUUUUUUUUCACUCGUAUAUGCACUAAUUUUAAUUUUUUAAAAAGACUUUCUGAUCUCUGAUGUUUUGCCACAUUGGAUACUUACUAAGGGAAUCUAUUUGCAAGGACAUUUCUAGGAUAAUCUCUUUUUUUGCCACUGAGUAUACUGCAGAAUUUAUUCAUUUUGAUAUUAUUUGCACCCCAGAAUACUAUAAAGGACCAGGUGAAUAAUUUUAUAGAAAUUGUGUUCUGUAAAUUACAGUGUCGCUUGUAACCUCUGUACGUGUAUCAUAUGCCACCCAACUCGUGGUUAACCAAUCAAAUCGGAAGAUGCAUAUUUUUAAAAAAAAUCAAGUGAAGUAUAAAAUUAUCACAUGUAAAAUUCCCCUUUUAACUGGUUGAGGCUUUGUCUAAGCAACAUAGCACCGUAUGGAAACAGAGAAGCAUCUGUAACUUCCAGGAGCAUAUCCAAAUUGCUCUGAACAUGACCAGCGCCUUUUAAAUAAAAUACCUGUUUGUAUAUUUUCCUGCUAGUCAGAUGCAUUUACAUUUAUGCAAUUUUUAAUAUUUUUUUAAAGAAAUUGUGCUACAGGCCUGAGGUUUCAGAAGUGUAUUCCUUUAAGUUACUUACAGUAUAAUUUUUUUGUAUAAAGUUCUGUUCUUUGAACCACAGCUUUAUUAUGGUACUUUACACUGGAUACAGAUACAAAGACACUGUUCAGAAGAUUAACUACCACACAGCAGUUGUCUGGCAUUGAGAGCUUUUGAAGUUUUACAGCCUGAUUCUGGAAGAAUGGCGGUCUGCUGUGCCUUUUGCAGUUGCUGCUUAGUCCAAAGUAACAUUACUGUUGAUAAUAACUCAACACAUGAAUAUUCAGUCUUCAAGCCUGGACAUUUUUUUCCUCCUCCUCAAUUAACUUUCUGAUACUGGACCUGCAGUUGACUCCAAGCUUGGGUAUUCAAGGGAAUUUGUAGUAGAAACAUCUACACUUUGAUACUGAAGACUGCCAAAUAUGUAGAAUUUUUUCCCUUUCUUAAAGCAGUAAUGAAGACUGUAUAUAUCUACAUCCUUUUUUCCCAGCACUGAACGUUUCACUAGCACUGGGUGCUCACCAUGAAGAAAAUGUGGAAAUUCUUUCAAAAAAGUCAGGAUUGACUCCAAAAGCACUUGCAACUGAUGUUACUAAUUUUCAUUUUAUUAAUUCUCAAUAUUUGUAAUUUCAGAGAAAUUUUUAAUCUGUCCAGUUUUAUAAGCUUUAAUGAUGACACUUCUCCUUGAGAUUUGCCUCGUGGAUAAUUAAUUCUCUUCAUAGCGGAGGCAUCAGAAAGCUAGGGACACCCUUGACAAACGAAGGAAAUGUAUUAAAACCUGCAAUCGGUAGCAUCAGUUGAUGAGCUUAAAUAAAAUCAAUUAUCAUUUAAUCUGAACAGAUUUUAGAAGACUCAUAAUGUUUAAUAUUCAGAGGAGAACAGUUGCCAUAAUAUUGUUCUUUUUUUAAUGUCAAAAGGAACAGGGACUUUAAAAUAUGAACAUGGCAAAACCAGUCUUUUAUCAUUAGCUCAUGUAUUUGAGGAAAAGCAGCUGUCUUUUAUAUGUUUUUUGGAAAAAUCAUAUUGUAAUUCUUUUGUACAAAAAGUAGUACUUGUAUUCUAGAAGAAAUAUUGAAUGCUUAAUUUAUAAGCGGGCUGAGGCUUUUCCCCCCCACUUUUUUUUAAUGAAAGGGGAUCAUCUCUUCAGUUGUGGGGAUUGGGAACCUUUUGACAGGUUAUUUUGUGGACCAAUAUUUUGGGACAAGCAAAGGCAAAGGAGUGAUGCAGGGCUUUGUUCUCAUUCUCACUAUACCAGCAGAAUCUGCUUCUGAAAGACAAGUUGUAUUUUGCCAACUUGUGUCAUUAUGUUAAAUGUCCAUUGCUUUGGCCCCAGUAAUCUCAGGACUUGGUUUAAAGUGUGUUUUAAAAAUAAAGAGCAAAUAGCCAAUAAGUUUCCAUGAGUAAAUGCCAUCCAGGAAAUAUUUGCUGUUCGGUAAUGCAUAGAACAUUGUGGAGUUUUAUUUGGUCCAUGUUUUGGAUUUUUCUUUUUUUUUGCUUUGGUGUUUUUUGGGGAGAGCCCUUCUAGUCCAAUAUAAUUCCAUUUAGAAGGCUGUCCAAAAACUAGCAUGUUCCAUUCAUAGGAAGAGUUAAAUAUGUAAUCCCUAAAACACAGAAACAAAUAAUCUCCCAACGUGUACACUUUCCAUAUAUGGAAACGAUUUUGGCCUUCCUAUUUUUACAGUUGUAAGCACAGAAAGGACAACCUUUUCCCAAAUCAUGUGAUGCUAUUAAUUUUGUUUUCCUACCUGUUUUUUUUAGGUUGCUUGUUGUUUGGGUUUUGUUUUGUGUGUUUGCUACACUGUAAAUACUUUGGGGGUACAAUUUUGGGGGGCCUUUGUUCUGGUAAAAUUUUAGAUGUCAACAGCUUCCCCUAAAAAGCACCAGUAUGUUACAUUCUGAUGUCACGAUCCCACUGUUAUCUUUUAAUCCUGUUUUUUUGUUCUUUUCAUGUGUACAGCAGUAUUUUUAAUAAAGAAUACGAGAAAUAA